AGAUGGCGGUUGCUAAACAGCCUGGCGAAAACUUUCCAAUGAUGCCUCACCCUGGGGCUAUCUCGGGAGUACCUACCGGCCUGGAAUAUUUGACCCAGGUGGACCAACUCAUUUGCAAGCAGAUUGUGGAGUUAUUUGAAGUGCUGACAGGCUGGGAAUGCAAAAACAAAUACCGUAUAAUGAACAGCUUAAAUCAGCAAGUCUUUUAUGCUUUUGAGGAAUCAGGCACAUGCCACAGGUUAUUUUGUGGAUCCGAUAGAGGUUUCACCAUUCACAUAACAGACAAUUUCCAGCAGGAAGUUCUCCGCAUUGAGCGUCCGUUUUUGUGCUGUCGAGGCUGUUGUUGGUGUGCUGAGGGCUGCUGUAAAUACCCCGUGUACAUCAAAGACAGAGAAGGAAACCAGCUAGGCACUGUGGGUAUGAUGAACUCAUGCUGCAAACCUCACUUCGGAGUUUAUGAUAACGAUGAGAAUCUUAUCUACGAAAUGUGGGGACCUCUCUGCCCAUGCCAGUGUGUAUGUGGCUGUACAGGGGACGUCAAAUUUCCAGUGACAAAUGUGAAAGACAACACAACGGUGGGCAACAUUAGCAAGAUAUGGGAUGGAGCAUUCAAAGACUGUUGUACUAAAGCUGACACUUUUGGAAUAACUUUCCCGAUGAAUAUGGAUGUAAAGCAUAAAGCUCUCCUGAUCGGUGCAGUUUUUGUCAUUGACUUUAUGAUCUUCGAGACAGAGGAUGAUAAUUAAAAAUUAAAAGAACAUCAGAGCAAAAGUUGACACCCAAAAAUUUGGACAGGGUGACAAACUUUACAGCAUGGAAGGUACACAAUCAAAGCUGGAUCAAAUACAUUCUUGACAUGUUGUCCUUCGGAAUCUUUAUUUCAGAGUAUGAUUUUUAUGAGUUUGGCAUUGCGGUUGGCCAUUGGAGGGUAACACUUUUUUGUCAUUGUUAUUUGACCGUCUAACUUUUUUCCUGGGACCAAUUGGCCAAUGUUGUGUUAAUUAAUGCCCUUCUCUUUACUUAAGCAAACAAUUAUAUGAGUUUUUCAUAUAGUAGUGGAAUGUAGCACUAUUAUUCACUGUUAUAUACAACUUCUUUACUAUCUCUUCUUUAGAUUUUAUCUAUCUUGUCAUAAGUUUUCUCUACAUUAAAUGACCAUCUUUAUGUCGAUCUUUUCAAA